GAUGCUAAUCACCCAUGGCAACACAUCAGAGCACGCCACAGGCACCAGACGAUCAUUCUGUUGUAUGGGGAAUAUGUCAGUGGUUGUUGGCAUGUGCAUAAUUCUGAACUCUGACCCCAUUUUGAAGAGCCAUGUCUGAGAAAGCAGCAAAGCAGAGUGCAAAGAAGGAGAGAGUGGAGGGGAAUAAAAAGAAAGACACACUGAAGCAGAAAGAGAUACAGGUGAAAGAAAACAGUAAACCCUGCUGCGAUCACUGCAAACCACAGACAUGCGCAAACAUGGCUGUUCCUCCUGCGUACGCUGACCUCGGCAAAGCCGCCAAAGAUAUCUUCAGCAAAGGCUAUGGCUUUGGCGCCGUUAAACUGGACCUGAAGACCAAGUCACACAGUGGAGUUGAGUUCUCCACGGGCGGCUCCAGUAACACAGACUCCGGGAAGGCAUCUGGAAACCUGGAGACUAAGUAUAAAGUGAAGGAGUUAGGCUUGAGCUUAAACCAGAAAUGGAACACAGACAACAUCCUGACCACUGAAGUGACUUUGGAAGACCAGCUGGCUAAAGGUCUGAAGUUGGGAUUGGAUACUUCAUUUGUGCCCAACACUGGGAAGAAGAGCGCUAAGCUGAAGACGGGUUACAAGCGCGACUACAUGAAUGCGGGCUGUGAUAUAGACUUUGACCUGGCCGGACCGACAGUUCACGCCGCAGCGGUUCUGGGUUAUGAGGGUUGGCUGGCCGCUUAUCAGAUGGCCUUCGACACGGCCAAGUCCAAACUCGCCCAGAACAACUUCGCUUUGGGCUACAAGGCGGGAGACUUCCAGCUACACACUAAUGUUAAUGAUGGGACAGAGUUCGGCGGCUCCAUCUAUCAGAAAGUAAAUGAUCAGUUGGAGACGGCGGUGAAUCUGGCGUGGACCGCCGGCAGUAAUAACACACGCUUCGGCAUUGCUGCCAAAUAUCAGCUGGAUAAAGACUCCUCCAUCUCUGCCAAAGUGAACAACGCCAGUCUGGUUGGAGUUGGAUACACACAGAGCCUCAGGCCAGGUGUGAAGCUCACCCUCUCUGCUCUGAUCGAUGCAAAGAACUUCAAUGCUGGCGGGCACAAGGUUGGCAUGGGCUUUGAGCUGGAGGUGUAGACAUCAUGCAGAGAUGAAAGAAGAGAACCCACAGAGAGCUGACAGUCCCAUUUCACCCAGAUUUACUAAAUAAAUUGACCCUUAAUAAAUUGGCCAUAAACUCUUACAGCACCUCAUCCAAUACGAAAAAGGUUCCUGGUGUAACGGUAGCCAGCUGGUACGUGCGCACUAGCGUCUGACGCUAGAGGCUGUAGCCUUUAGCCUCCUCGUUAGCAUGCCUGCUGGUUCGAAUCCCGCUCGGAGCGGGUCGAGCAGGAACAGUGGUGCCGUGACCCACAUGGGAGUGAGGUGUAGGGGGGUGAGGGUAACAGUAGACAGCUGGUACGUGCUGCAUGUAUGUAAACCUCACUCCUCUGGCCUCAACAGGUUUCACUGUUAGCGUGCCUCCCUCCCACCCCGGUUCGAAUCCCGCUCGGAGCGGGUCGAGCAGGAGCGGUUACAGUGGUGCCGUGACCCACAUGGGAGUGAGGUGUAGGGGGGUGAGUGUAACAGCAGACAGCUGGUACAUGCUUGUUUAGCAUGUAAACAUCACUCCCCUGGCCAAAAGAGGUGCGCUAGGGACAGUAGCCUUUAGCCUCUUUGUUGGCAUCCCUUCCUCCCAUGCUGGAGACCCCAGUUUGAAUCCCGCUCGGAGCGGGUAGACCAGGACCGGUUACACUGGCUACACCAAUCUUUCAAACCAUCACCAUGACAACAUCUGUGUGUAACAACACUGAGACAGCCGGUCAUACGGUACCAUAUAGUUUCUUUUUAAAUGGACAUUUAUACACUUCAUUAAUCAAGCAAGAUGUUUAAAUACCCUUAUUAUUAUGUUGUUUCCUGUACAUGAACUAUCAUGUGGUCCAGGUAACACACACACAUACACACACACACACACACACAGGGUUGGACAGUAUUUGACAUGUAUCUUGUUAGCGAAGUGUGUUGUGCUUAUAUUUCAUGAGUAGGCUAAUGUUAAAUGAUAAGGAAUGCCUCUCUGAAAGCCCUUUCACUCAUGUUUGUUCACGUUAUGUCUUGAUAACAUUCUUCACCAAACAUAUAAUACUUUCUCACUUAGGUAGUCUAUGUUUGUGGGCUGGCGUUAGUAAAGGAUGGCAUAUUUCUUUAGUGUUUUCCCUUAAAACACCUAUGAUGUUUAAAGGUCAGGAGUAGAAGAGGAAACUGAUGUUGUGUAACUCAAUAAAGAGGAUUGUUAAUGGAUUUAAUUUUGUUAUCAUU